ACGAUACUCAGUCAUUUUCAUUCCCUUUAGCUCUGUAAUUUGCCGUUUCAUUUUCUGUUGUUGGUGCAUGCGAAACUGAAAUACACACCAAAGAGGAGAGGGAUAAUAAGGAGCAGCACAAUUUGUGGUACCGCCUAAACCUAGCUCACACCAGCGGUAUCGUAUUCUCAAACUUGAUGAUCUGUCUUGAAAUGUCCUUCCACUGAAUUAAUGUUCUUGACCAUUGUGAAACCCUGCAACAUAUAGCUUCUUUGUGCACAGACCUGAGCUGUUUGAAUAAAUUAUUUGCUAGCUGAAUUAUUGCUUCACCGCGCCUUUCUCAACUCUGCAAUCUAGGGUGUCCAUGAACAUGGCCCUGUGAUAUUUUGAGAACCAUCUGUGCUGACUGGAAUUGCCAUAACAUCUGUGUUGAAUUGAUUUUGUGUGCGUAAUCUCUAGCUUUGGAAUAUCACAUGCAUUACUUCCCUGUAGUGUGAAUUGCUUGGUUAUCUGAUUGUUAUAACAUGCUGAUUGAUGUUCUGUUUUAAAAAAGAGAAACAUGUCAGGAUUUUGGACUGGUGUUAGGGAUGAAAAAUCAUCACAUAAGUCAAUCAGAGAACUAACUUGCACAAGAGCAUGCUUCACGUUAUGAGUUUCCAGUAGACCAUGAUGUCAAUAACUGUAGGGAUUAUUACCAACCUUUUCAAGGUUCUGAGCUUCCAUAUACGUACCCUAAUGGCUAUACACACAUGAACCAAUCACCACUAUGGGAAAUUGACCAAUCUUGUACUCCCUUUGAACAACUUAAUAUGCUUUUAAAAUUGAAUCUGAUUCAUUUACAAAAUGAGGCAAGGGGGGAAUUUCAAGAUAAAAUGUUUGUUUGUCCUAAUGAAGUUAAUCGUGAAAAUAGUGUAUCUAUUCCUACUCAUGCAAAUAAUAUUGAAUAUGAACCUGAUAUAGAGGUACAUGAAUGGAAUAGAGACACUAGGGUUUUGAAUGGGGCAUUGCAUCCUUGUUACAAUGAUGAUGAUAAUGAUUUGAUGUUGGAAGAGCAUAUUUACUCUGAAAAUGUUGCUGUGAAAUCUUCUGUUACUGUAACCUUAAACUCCGUUGCUGCGACUUUGAAAAAUGAUGUUUCUUCUGAUUUUCUUAUCCGUAACUCUGAAAUUUUGGAUGAUAUUGAUAUGGAUUUGGGGAUUGAACAAUUGUUUUGUGGAAGUGUGCAUGAUACACAACUUGCAUCUGACCUAGGGAUGACUGAAUUUUUUAUUGUCACUGAUGAUCUUAUGCUUGAAAGUAACUUUUAUGUGUCUAAAUCCCUGCCUAGGUCAAAAUGUGUUGUGUCUUCUGAUUUUCUUAUGCAUGAGAUGGAGACUUUGGAUGAUUAUGAUACUGAAUUGGGGUUUGUUGAUUUGUGCAAAGACUGUGAGCAUGAUAAUGCAUUACUUGUUUCUGACUGGGAGAAAACUAGGCCGCGUACUGAUAAUUGUGAGCAUAAAAAUGAACAUAACUUAGAUGUAUGUAGCUCCCUGCCCGUGUCACAAAUUGAUGAUCUUUCAUCCAACCUAGAAUUGGUUUGUAACAAGAUUGUAAAAACAACUUUUCUGAGAGUUCCCAAUCUAGGAUUAGAACUGUGUGCUUCUCAAGUCCUUUUGGACUAUUUUGCUGCUAAAUAUAAUACAUUUGAGGAACCACAGUUGGAAUGCUUGUCUCUGCCCGUCCUUAACAAAGUCCAUUUUGAGUUAGAUCUUGUGCAUGAUGCACCCCCAAAAUUACUAGAGUUUGUGUCCAAAAACAUAGCAGCUGAAAAAUUCAGGUUUGGGGGUAGCUUGGUCACUUUGAGUGUCUCACUGGCUGUUCUCUGUUGUUGUAUAUGUGUGAUUAGACUGUUGAUGUUUCUGCACAUCAUCUUUUGGGUUGAUCCUCAACUCUUUAGGUUGUAUAUAUAUGGUGACUUUUUCUUGUAUAUAAUCCAGUAGGUAAUGCUAUUUUCUAUCUUUUUCGUGUAUGUAUAUUAUGCUAAUCCAAUGUGAUAUCAGCUGAUUUCUGUUGGACCUUGGCCAUGAAUAAUGGAGUUCUGAAAUGCUUUCGCCAACAUCUAGUAAUCUCUUUCCUUUUCUCCAUCUCAGCAUGUUUCUCAUGGUAUGUUGUUAUAAUUCUGUUUAUCUUUUGAAACAUUGAGGAAAAUGUUUAGUUUAGGUUUGGGGGUGAAAAGUAGAUACCAUAUGACUGAUGGCAUGCUAUAAUUGAAAACAGAACUCUUUCUUUUUGUUAUAAAAAAAUGAAAAAUGAAAAAAAAUGAAAAAUGGAGCUCAUUUACCUUGAUUUGUGAUACCUGUGCAUGUAUGAAAUCUUAGGGUUCUUAGUCUAGAUGAUGAGGCACCCCUGAUUCUAGCACAAUUCAAAUGUGAUAUAGAAAUUUUGCACAUGCACGAUCUACCAAGCGUGUAUAGCGUCGGUGUUUCAUAGGUUAAGUAGGCUGCCAAUCAUCUAGAAUACUGAAUGAGACUUGACUAGCUUGUUCUUUGGUUGGCUGGGAUAGAAGUUGGAGGAUACAUUAAGAAAAACAACCAUUGAAUUUGACCGGGUGCAUCGAAAAGGACUACCUCUUGCUAAAAGUGUCAUGUUUUUUUUUCUGUUUUUGUAAAGUUGUUGUGUCAUCUUAUGUUUGUAUCUGUGUUAUUCCAAAAUCAGUUGAGGAAGAAAUUCAGAACAAAAAAAAAAUAUCAGUUAAAAAAAAGAAAGAGCAAAAAAAAAAGCAAAAGAAAAAAAAACAAAGAAAGAAAGAAAAGAGAAAUUGAAAUGAAUUGUUAUUGUCUUUUGUUUCAAACCAUUGAGUCAGAUUCUGUUAUGUUUCCUUCUGUAUAUAUGAAUGUAAAUAGUCUUGUAAUAAUCAAGGGAGGGUGUAUGCCAUCGAUGUACAACGCGGGUAAGCUGAAAUAUCACCAACUCAUUAGGUGAACAUUCACGAUUAUCGUAAAGCCGGACAACUAACUUGUCUUUGAAUUCAGUUCUUAGCCUAAAAACUAUCUCUUAGUAAUUGGCAGUCUCAACUUCCUAGAGUAAAUCAUUCUCCAUGCAUGUCUAAGGUAGAUACACUUUACACUCUUAUCACAUGUCCUUGGUUGUUUCAGUGCUAGAAUUGUGCCUUUAAAAUCUAGAUUGACAUAUCCAAUUGCUGUGAUCUAAAACUGAAUGCAGGAUCACUUUCAUGGAAUCUGAGCUUAUAUUUUGUCCUAGAACUUUGUGGGUAUGUUCUAAGCAAGCCCUCACGAGACUUCAACUCGUCCACUAGGGACACUUAGUGGUUUAAAAGGCUUAUUGGAUUCGCUAAAUGCAAUCAAGAGACCAGCGACAGCGGUGUAGGUAGAAUUUUCUUAGUUUUCUGUUUACUCGAGGUCGAGCAAAAUUCAGGUUUGGAGGUGUGAUCAGUGCCUAAUAAUGCAUAUUUAUUGGCCAUUUUGUUGUCUUUUAUCACAUCCCAAGUGUUAUAAUAUCUCACUUUAUAUCAAAUUUUGUAUUUUGCGCAUUUUGUCCAUUAGCGGGUAAUUUUGUCGGAAUAAUCUCAUUUUGUUUGGUGUUCUAGAUGGUUGGGUAAAUGGUGAGAAAGAAAGCAGUGGGUUGAUACAAAGGGAAAGAUCAGAGAGGACAUGGUGUUCACAUGAGAAAUGGAGAUCAAAAGAAGGCUUGUGACCAUAAGGGUUAAAGUGGAGGACCCAAAGCUUACACGUCACGAAGGUCAUGCCAGGUGAUACAUUGUUAACAUAUUUGAAACAAAGAUAUAAUACAAGUCAGAACUAUCAUUCUCUCAUACACCUGAACUUGGUAUUAAUGCCUAACACACAAGUAAGCCUUUUAUCUCCUGCACAAACUUUCACUUCCCAAGAUCAGAACAAAAAUCUUAUCCCACCCGAAAACAGUACCUCAUCCCUACUCCACCAGUGCCGCCUAUCUUUCUCUCUCGAUCUGUCAAACCCAUAUCUUCUCCAUCUUUCCCGAAUCAAUCAGAUGUCCAAUUCGUAAUCUUGUUGUUUUACCCAUUUCAAGCCGCCCUAGAUGUCAAUAGCUGUUACUCGAGGAACAAUAGGCCGACGAAUUUGUCUCCAACAACAGUGAGAAUGGCGAAGGAAGGGUCCGAAAUUCCAGUUCUCUACGACGUCAACAUCACCAGAUAAUUAGCUAGUGAAAGUAAUAGGGUGGCUGUAAACUGAAGACUCCAUCAGUGGUGAGUUCCAAGAACACCAAAUCCCUAAUUUUCUAAUUGUACUUUAUUGAAAAUCUGAUUGAGAAUGGAGAGAGUUUCGUAUAAAUACAGAAGGGGUUGUAAAUGAAGAAGCCAAUCCCGGAGUAGCCGGUGCAAUAUGUUGUUAGGUUUAGGUUUUAUUUCAAUGUUUAUUAUGUUCUAAAAUUCUCUGCUAGGGCAGAGAUGAAACCCUUUAAUCAUUAGGAGUUCUUUGUUUGAUUUUACUUGUUCUCUAUGGGUUUUCAAUGAAAAGCAUGAUUAAUCU